AUGGGCCAUGCUGCUGCUGAGGCCGCAGUGCGGGCAGGGUUGACCCUGGUGCCCUUCUCCUAUGGGGGCCCCACCGAGAGCGGCCGCGCGGUGGAUGUGGGCGGCGUGCAAGUGACUCUGGUGCACCCCGAUGAGAAGCUGGACGUCCUGCACAGGGUCAGGGAGGAAUACCCCGGCACCGUCAUGGUGGACUACACCCUGCCCUCAGUCGUGAACGGCAAUGCCACGUUCUACAGCGAAAACUCCGUCCCCUUUGUCAUGGGCACUACUGGCGGCGACAGGGACAAGAUCAUGCGGGAGGCAACGGAGUCUGGGGUCUACGCUGUCAUCGCCCCCAAUAUGGGCAAGCAGAUCGUAGCGCUGCAGACCAUGCUGGAGCUCAUGGCGGCCCAAUUCCCGGGCUGUCUAUCGGGGUACACCCUGCGUGUGGUCGAGUCGCACCAAGCCACAAAGGCCGAUGCGUCGGGCACAGCCAUUGCCAACAUCCACUCCUUCCAGCGGAUGGGCCUGGAGUUUGACCUGAGCAACAUUGAGCUGGUACGGGAGGCUGCGGAGCAAAUAGGGCGCAUGCAGGUACCAGAAGACGCGCUGAACGGGCACGCCUUCCAUACCUACACCGUGACCUCUCCCGAUGGAUCAGUGACGCUGGAGUUCAAGCACAAUGUUGUGGGGCGGCGGGUGUAUGCUGAGGGCACCGUGGAUGCUGCCCUCUUCCUGGCUUCCAAGAUAGGGGAGGGGGCGGAGAAGCGCCUGUACAACAUGGUGGACGUGCUCUCUGGUGGUAACAUGCGAUCAUGA